AUGGGUGUGCCUGUCAUCAUGAUGCGGGACCAGUCACUCUCCCCAGCCCACGCUGGGGGCGGUGCGUGCCACCACAAGAACAGUCCUUCACCCUCCCUGUCAGGGUCUCACCACGCACCCAGCACAGCCCCCCCGCCCAGUGUCUACGCCAUCCUAGUUAGCCACCCACCUACCCCCAACGACCACUUCACUCCCACCCCCGUCUCCUACACAGCCGGCUUCUACCGCAUCCCCGUCCUGGGGCUGACCACCCGUAUGUCCAUCUACUCAGACAAGGUGGCAGGCACCAAUAGCAAGCCCUUGGGAGCAGCAGAGGUCCCCGUGGGCUGGGAGAAGCCCUCCCCACCACAGGGCACAGCUGAGAAGGAUGUGGGCACGCGCGCAGGACCUUGGGCUUACCUGCAGACAGGUCGGGAGGGGCCAGAGGAGGGGCCGUGUGGCAGCCGCAGGCAGGAGAGGGCAGGAGCCGGCCGCGAGGGUGUCCGCGGCCCGCCCACCGCGGCCCCGGCCUUGGCCUGCGCCGAGAAGCAGGCGCGGCCGCAGGAGGAGCCGCUCUCCGGGAAGUGCAUGCGAAUCUCUGGGACCCCCCCGGGUUUCCUCGUGGAGCCCAGGAGGGAGCCCGCCCGCCCAGCCGCCCGCCUGCCCCGGUCCAGCCGCUCUCGCAGGGGGCCUGCGGGGUCGGGCCUGAGAGGAUCUCCCGUGGUUUUGGAAAAGUCGGCCCCAUCUCUGCUCCCGGCUGAGAAGGUGCUGCAGUUCGACCCGGGGACCAAGAACGUGACGGCGCUGCUGAUGGAGGCACGGGAGCUGGAGGCCCGGGUCAUCAUCCUCUCUGCCAGCGAGGACGACGCCGCCACCGUGUACCGCGCAGCCGCGAUGCUGAACAUGACAGGCUCCGGGUAUGUGUGGCUGGUGGGGGAGCGAGAGAUCUCGGGGAACGCCCUGCGCUACGCCCCGGACGGCAUCAUCGGACUGCAGCUCAUCAAUGGCAAGAACGAGUCGGCCCACAUCAGUGACGCCGUCGGUGUGGUGGCCCAGGCGGUGCACGAACUCCUGGAGAAGGAGAACAUCACCGACCCACCGCGGGGCUGCGUGGGCAACACCAACAUCUGGAAGACAGGGCCGCUCUUCAAGAGGGUGCUGAUGUCCUCCAAGUACGCAGACGGGGUGACAGGCCGUGUGGAGUUCAACGAGGACGGGGACCGGAAGUUCGCCAACUACAGCAUCAUGAACCUGCAGAACCGCAAGCUGGUGCAAGUGGGCAUCUACAACGGCACCCACGUUAUCCCCAACGACAGGAAGAUCAUCUGGCCAGGUGGAGAGACAGAGAAGCCCCGAGGGUACCAGAUGUCCACCAGGCUGAAGAUUGUGACGAUCCACCAGGAGCCUUUCGUGUACGUCAAGUCCCACGAGAACGGCUUCAUGGAAGACCUGGACAAGACGUGGGUGCGGUACCAGGAGUGUGACUCGCGCAGCAACGCCCCUGCUACCCUCACCUUCGAGAAUAUGGCAGGGGUCUUCAUGCUGGUGGCUGGGGGCAUUGUGGCCGGCAUCUUCCUGAUCUUCAUUGAGAUCGCCUACAAGCGACACAAGGACGCUCGCCGGAAGCAGAUGCAGCUAGCCUUUGCCGCGGUGAACGUGUGGAGAAAGAACUUGCAGGAUAGAAAGAGUGGUAGAGCAGAGCCCGACCCUAAAAAGAAAGCCACAUUUAGGGCUAUCACCUCCACCCUGGCUUCCAGCUUCAAGAGACGUAGGUCCUCCAAAGACACGUCCAGGGGCAGCUUGGCCCGCAUCCCGCAGAAGCUUAUGCUUCAAGGUGGAUAUGGGAUUUAG